AUGUCCAGCUCUCAACCCUCGCAAAAGCGUUCGCUCGACGAUCCGUCCCCCGAUGCCAAACGCCAUCGCCGCAUGCUUCCUCAGAUAGCUCAUGACGAAAACGACGAAGAAGCUCAUCAUUUACGAGACCAACUUGUUAUGAACGUACUCAGAAAGAAAUGCGGCUUGGACUUGGAAACUGUGACCCGGCCGCUCACCGAACAAGACUACACCGACAUCUUCUGUACAAUCACAUUCAACGAGCGCUCAACCCACAAGGACUGGGUCUACUCAGGUGAAGAUAGAGACAGACGUCUCAGUUUGUUCAGAAGGGCCAUCACCGCCAUCGGUGAAUCCUUAAGUGACGCUUUGAAAGAAGCUUCAACGGACAGGACGUUCAAAAUGGUUCGAAAUGCCGUAUUCCUUCGUCAGCCGUUCCCGGCCAGCAUUGUGAAAUCUGCGAUAAAGCCUGUCGGGUCCGAGGGAUGGCGCCGUAAAGCCGUAUUCGAUGCAUGGAACAUACCGUACGUCUCGGACUGCCACAAAAUCCUGGUCGACGUCAUCACCAAGAUCAAAAGCGGGAAAGAGAAUGACGGUCCUGCUGACUUCAACAACACCGUCAUGAUCGUGCAAAGCUCGGGUACUGGGAAAUCCAGGAUGGUCGACGAGGCAGCACGCCUCGUAUUCACCCUUCCGUUCAACCUACGGUCCGAAGCAGACUCUUAUUUGGAGUAUCCUCCACCUGAUCCUGAAGUCCGCGAGUACCUGUGUGAAAGGACGGACAGGAAUAUGGCCCGUGUUCGAUACCAUGCGUUCCUCAUGUGUCUCUGCCGAUCAACCGUGGCCGAGAUCCAGUUACUCUUCAACGGUCCAAGGGUUUCCCAAACGGAAUUCGCCAGCAUAUGGAGAGACCAUCUCGCUCAGAAGAAUGUACGGUCCAAUUUAUAUAAAGCUGUCGUUGCUCAAGCUGCCGAGGCUAUGAUUUUUGAGGUCGAACGAUUCGGAACUUCCAGCAAGGCAGUAGGACCAAUCUAUGACAAGACAUAUCCAGAGAUCGACAACCUGCGGCGAACGAUCGCUUCAAGGGUCAAUGACCUUGGAGGAAGAGUCGACAUUUUGCUGUAUUUCGACGAAGCGCAAGAAUUGAUGAAAGUUCAGGAUACCGCACAAAACAGUCUUUACCUCGCAUUUCGUUCUGUUCUCAAUGAUCAUAGGGAUUAUCCGCUUUUCACCCUCUUCCUUUCGACUGUUCCACAUAUCGCACAGUACGUUCCUCCUCUGGGCCCCAUCAGGGGGUGGUUUUCCAAGUCCGGAGAACCAAAGGCACCCAUUACGGGAACUCCAUUCGACUGUGCCCCGGAUAUUCUCGUGGCGGAAUACGCUCACGAUCGGGAGGAGAUCGCACAACCGCAUUUCAUGGCUCGCUUCGGUCGACCUCUGUUUUGGACGUCGUUCGCGCAGAUCCCAGUGACGGAACACCAGGCGAUCCAAGAUUUCCUCAAGCAAUUACGUCAAAAGCUCAUCAACAACUUCGACUACGAUAUUCUCCCCUCGUCCUGGGACUGCGACGAGCUCGGAAAAUUGGCGGUCGCGGACGUUCGGCUCUGCUUCCAAUAUGAACCGAAUCUGAAAAGCUUCAAGGAGGAAGUUGUGGAGGUGCAAGCGAGGCUAGUCGCGAGUCACAUGAGGAUCGCGUAUUCUUUUCCUGCUCAUCGUAGGUAUUUCGUCUCGGGAUAUCCGAGCGAGCCUUUGUUGGCAGAGGCGGCCGCUCAGCAACUUCACCUUUGGCGCAAAACUCAACCGUCAUUUCUACUCGAUGUCGUCCACCAUCAUAUGAAGACCGGGCUUCUCGACAGAACAGACCGAGGAGAGGUCGUCGCUCGUAUACUCAUCCUCGAGGCCUAUGACCGCGCCGUCACCGAGCCUUUCACCUUCACCGCCUCGGAUGACUCGGACCCAAGUCAUGAUGGACAAAAACCACACUUCAACCUCGGAUGCCGUCUCACAGACUGGAUAUCUCAACUAUUCGCACACGACCUGGCUCACGAAAUCCUGCACAGCAAACCUGCUAACUUGUAUUGCGCCACUGGGGACCAGACGGACACUGGCGCGUUCGAGGAGGUGUUCAAAGACGCGUGGAUUCGUGUGACACAUUAUGCGCUGGCUGGCGACGAGCACGUAUUCAACGCCGGCACGCACGCGAUGUUCGCGGCUUUUGUGAGGGGGAUGGCUUUUAUCUGUCGGGACGCCACUGGCAACAGAAACGGAGGAAGCUUCGUGAAUAUCGUCGUCCCUGUUCUUCUGCGGGACGUGAAGAUUGGAUCGUCUGUUAUGAGCGCUGUUUUCAUCCGGGUUCCACAUCGACAUCGAGCGGGAGUGUCAAUGGGGAUGUAUGCGAAUGUUAUCGACGCUGAGAAGGAGUUUGAUUUCUUUUGUCCUGAGCCCAGUGAUAGGCUUUUGGAGGAUGAUCGUCCGUAUGUGACGCUUGUUAUGGAUCUUGGCGUGCGGGAUCCUCUACUGGAUCGAUAUCACGCUAGAACUACGGCGAACUUGAAGGCGAAGGUGCCACACACGCAACACGCAGGCUCCACUGACACUCAUCCCAUCAAGACCAAACGUCCACCUCAUCCUUCUCAUAAUCAAACUCAAACUCAAACUCAAACCCACCCCCGCUUCUCGAUCCACAUCUCCGGCUGCUCCCACACCCUCUACAACUCCACCCUCAUCCCCCAACUCACAAAAUGCAAGGAAAUCCUCCAUAGUAUGUCCGAAUUUCUACCGGAACAUACGCGCAAAGAGACGAUAUCGCAGGUGAUGCGGAUGAAGCCGGUCUUUGUGAGGGGGAAGGAGAGUUAUGCGUGGAUUGGGUCGGGGGUGCUUAAUCCGAGUCUGGGGGAUACAAGUGAUGAUGCCGGUGUCGAGGACGGGGAUGGUGAGGAUGGCGAGGAUGGCGAGGAGGGCGAGGAGGGCGAGGAGGGCGAGGAGGGCGAGGAGGGGUACGCCAUCAUCGGUGGUCAUAGAGUCCACGCCACCUCGGAGGAGGGCGAUUCAGACUGGGACCGGAUCUCGAGGUCGAGGUCUGAUCCUGAUGUCGAUAUGCACAUGCCUUUGUCGUAA